UCCGGCAGAAAACAGUUACCAGAGCCAGAAGAGAGAAGAAAGUAGGUGCGGUUUGGGGAGGCGGAGGCGUUGAAAGUUUAGAAGCUAAAAUUUGUAUGGAACUGGAAAGCGAAAUAAGAAACGCAUGCUUUUAUUAAGUCUUAGGCCCUUUUCCUCCCCAGCCGAUAACAGAACUUUCUCCCCCCGGGGAUCUGGCUGAGGAGGGACUGAGCCCGAGGCGUCCCUGUCACGCUGGGUUGCGGAGUUGCUCCCAGAAGGUUUCCCAGGAAUUUACUGACAAUGGCAGAAAGAGUCUUAGAGAAGUUGGAUAUUCUUGAUGAGCAAGCAAAGACCCUCUUGGCCACAAGAGCAAAGAAAAACUGCCUUCAGAGUCAAGUAAAGAGAAAGAUUUCAGUGAUAUCCCUGACGUUUGAUUUCCAGUUGGAACUUGAAAAGGAUAUUGCUACCUCCAUGUCUAAGACAAACUCAAAGAUCACAACAGACAGAUCAUAUGGCACUAAAAAACCAAAAAGAUCUGUCUCCUUCAAAAAUAUGCCUGAACCUAAAAAAAGUGAUUUUCAAAACUCAAAUUUAAGACCACCCUUUUUGCCAACAAACAUAAAAACUCAGGAAAUCAAGUCAAUAGAGCCAGUAGAAGAAUAUCUAAAAUCAAGAUCUAUUAGAUCUUUUCAUUAUCUUAAGGAUAUACCUGAGACAGAGUAUGCUAAGCCCUUCCAGGAAUUAUAUUCACAGCAUAGACCCCAAUGUAGAAGAACAUCGGGUUCUACAGUCUUUUCUUCUGUACCCAGCAAUCAGUCUAAUGCAUAUAAGAAGGAAGACUCUAUUUACAGAAUAAAAUCUUCUUCUGAUUUCAAUGAUUUUGGUACAAAAGAAAAUGAAUCCAUCAGAAAUGAUCAACUAAAUGAGUAUUCAGUAAGACAGAAAAGCCUGCUCCCAUUGUGCUUUGAGGAUGAACUGAUAAAGCCAGAUGCCAAGAUAAUCGACGCUAGUCUGAUAAAGACAGUAACUUCUCACCCGUUGAAGUGUAUUUCCCUACUCCACUGAGGUGGGCUUGGUCGUGGGACUUACUUUAACCAAUAGAAUGUGAGCAGAUGUGACUCAGAAGAUUCAGCUUUGCUCUUCUUGCUCCUGUCCUCCACCAUGAGAACAGCAUGUCUCAAGUAGUGGUCAUUCUUGAAUCCGGGUCCACUAUGAGAAGACAUUUGCAAACAAGGCAAGUUGAAUCCUACAAAGGCCAGAAGAGCCUCAACCAACCCAUAGCCCUCAUGUAACAUGAUCAAGAAAUAAGUUUUUUAUAUCGUUGGUCACUAAGAGAAGGAAAUGUCAACCCGCUCCGGUAUUCUUGCCUGGAGAAUCCCGUGGACAGAGGAGUCUAGUGGGCUGCUGUCCAUGG